AAUACUUGCCGCGAGUGGUAUCUGUUCUUGUAUUGAUUUCAUCUCCAUGUUCUUCGAACUUAUCUGUUGCCGCUAAUAAAUAAACCGACUAACGACGGAGCAAAUCCGGGGCAAAGCACGGCGACCCGGCAUGGCCAACUACUACAUAAGUUUACCUUUGAAACCACUUCCAAAGUUUCGUUUCUUCUAUUCCGAUAUUAUUUCACUUGAUUUCUGACAAGGCCAUCACCGAGCGAGAGACAAGAAAGCAUAAUUGCCUGGGAAUUUGGGCAGCUUACUCCUUGCCCACCGGCUUCACACUACACCACACAAGACUGCAGAUAUCUAGCAAUUAUGGCGAAAAGUCAAGUCGAGAGCGAUAAAACAGUUUGCAAUCACGAAACAAGCACCAUGGUAAGCUUCGAUGGUGCCGUUCAAGGCAAUUUCAUCGGUGAAGAGGAUUCGACUAUCGACAAGCAGGGAGACUCAUCCGCAGGUGAAACGAACUCUAACGAUGUCAAGGCUACAAACUUGAGCAAAGAUGUCGAGAAGAGUACCAUAACAACUCCUACACCGAACCCGAAUAUCGUCGACUGGUCUGGUCCCAAAGACCCUGAAAAUCCACGCAACUGGUCCAAAGCCUACAAGUUGACCAACGUAAUAGUCAUCAGCCUCUCCGUCCUAUACACCAAUCUCGCAACCACCAUGUUCGCGCCCGGCGCCGCAAUAAUGCAGCGCGAAUUCGGCUUCAGGAGCAGUACUGUUGAAGUCCUGACCAUCACCAUGGCAUCACUCGGCUUUGCCCUCGGCCAGUUAUUCAUACCCCCUAUGUCUGAGGUCUUUGGCCGCAUGCCCAUCUACCGCACAAGCUCUGUCUUCUACAUGGGGUUUACGGCUGGUUGUGCGCGCAGCACUAAUGUUGCCGAGUUUCUGGUCUUUCGUCUGUUGACUGGCAUGGCUGCUGCGUCGUAUAUGUCGACGGGUGGCGGUACGGUCGCUGACCUUUUGCCAAAGGAGGAGAGGGGUGUUGCUAUGGCUAUUUUCACUGCUGGACCGCUCUUUGGUCCUGUCCUUGGUCCUAUUGUGGGAGGAUUUGUUGUUGAGAAUCUCGGAUGGAGAUGGUGCUUUUAUCUGAUUCUGAUGCUUGCUGGCGCAGUCACCCUAAUCACCUUUUUAUUCAUGCACGAGACGAGCUCUAUCAACAUACUGAAGUCCAAGACCGCUAGACUUCGUAAAGAGACAGGCAAUCCGAACCUCUGCGCCGCCGGCGAUGAGCAGACCCCAAUCAAGCAGCUUGUGCUACACGCCCUGACCCGACCCAUGAAAUUCCUCUCCACAUCGCCCAUCGUCGCUCUAAUCUCACUCUACAUCGCCUUCAACUUCGGCGUAACAAUGCUCCUCUUCGCCACAUUUCCAACCGUUUACGAGAACACUUAUCAUUGGAGCGUCAGUGUCUCCGGCCUGGCAUACAUCGGUGUCGGCAUCGGCUGCGCCAUAGGUGUCAUCACCUUUGCCAAGCUCAGCGAUCGUCUGCUAAAGGCUGAAGGGGGAAGCUACCGCGCAGAACGGCGCCUGAUCAUGAUGAUGUUUGUCUCCCCAAUGUUCCCAAUUGGCCUGUUCAUCUACGGUUGGACCACUGAGUACAAGGUACACUGGGUCGUGCCCAUCAUCGGCACCGCUAUCUGUGGACCCGGGGCCGUGAUAAUCAAUUCGUCGUCGCAGACGUACAUCAUCGACAUCUUUGGGCCUCAAGCAGCGGCAUCUGCGCUUGCGGCGAUUACACUGCUUCGCAAUCUGACGGGAGCUUUUCUGCCGCUUGCCGCACCGACACUCUAUGCUGACCUGGGUCUGGGCUGGGGAAAUAGUGUGUUGGCCUUCAUCACUGUUGGUUUUAUACCUGUGCCAAUUUACUUUUACUUGCGAGGCGAAUCCCUUCGGAAAGGGUUCCCUGUCGAAAUCUGA